CCUCCAUCCCCAAAGAGCCAUUGACGGCACGAGAGCGUGGUACUGGACGCGGGGAGGGACCUGUGUCUUGAUAACGCGUGUCUUUCGUCUAACGUGUUUCCAGGUUUGUCACGUUUUCUUUAAGGGCUUCUCAUGGCUUCUAGUCACACUGUGCUGAUGCGGUUGGUGGCCUCAGCGUAUUCUGUUGCUCAGAAGGCAGGAAUGAUAGUCAGACGUGUCAUCGCCGACGGAGACCUGGGUGUCGUGGAAAAGACAUGUGCAACAGACCUGCAGACCAAAGCUGACAGAUUGGUGCAGAUGAGCAUAUGCUCUUCACUGGCACGGAAAUUCCCCAAACUGACAAUUAUAGGGGAAGAGGACCUGCCUUCUGAGGAAGUGGAUCACGAGCUGAUUGAAGAGGGUCAGUGGGAGGAAAUACUGAAGCAACCAUGCCCGUCACAGUACAGUACUAUUAAAGAAGAAGAUCUUGUGGUCUGGGUUGAUCCUCUGGAUGGUACAAAGGAAUAUACUGAAGGUCUUCUUGACAAUGUAACAGUUCUUAUUGGAAUUGCUUAUGAAGGAAAAGCCAUAGCAGGAAUUAUUAACCAACCAUAUUACAACUACCAGAAUAAUGAAAACCAGAAGUUAAGGGAACACAGGAAUGAAGCAAAGGGGAGAAAAAUAGCAAGGGUUCUGGCUCCACUAGUAGGCAGAAGAGAGGCGGGACCAGAUGCUGUGUUGGGAAGGACAAUCUGGGGAGUUUUAGGUUUAGGUGCCUUUGGGUUUCAGCUGAAAGAAGUCCCUGCUGGGAAACACAUUAUCACAACUACCCGAUCCCAUAGCAACAAGUUGGUUAUUGACUGUGUUACUGCUAUGAACCCUGAUGAGGUGCUGCGAGUGGGAGGAGCAGGAAACAAGAUUAUUCAGCUGAUUGAAGGCAAAGCCUCUGCUUACAUAUUUGCAAGUCCUGGAUGCAAGAAGUGGGACACUUGUGCUCCAGAAGUUAUUUUACAUGCUGUAGGAGGGAAGUUAACCGAUAUCCAUGGGAAUGCUCUUCAGUACAACAAAGAAGUGAAGCACAUGAACUCUGCAGGAGUCUUGGCCACACUGAGGAACUAUGACUACUAUGCAAGCCGAGUUCCAGAAUCUAUUAAAAAUGCACUUGUCCCUUAAAGGAGAGUUUCAUUUACUUAGCUAGGAGAAGGACUUGGUUUUCAAAAUAAUACAUUAAAACUAAUCAUGGCAUUAGAGCUC